AUGUCAGAGUCUAUCAGAAGAAAGAGCUCCAGCAGACAGAUCCUCCAGGACCUCAUUCAGGUGACGGUCCAGCGGAGCCUUGAGGAUGCAGAGGAAGUGGAGCGAGAGCGCAGAAGGAGAACCAGGGAGAGGCAAAGAGAAGAGGGGAUUUCUUGGUCGGUGCCCUCUCAGCAAAGCAAACCGGCAUUUUCAGGAGGGUCGGAUGAGGAACUGGGGCCUAAUUGCUGCCGCUUUCAGGAGGAGGAUGAGGGGUUCAGUGACUGGAGCCACAGGCUGGAGAACCGUAAUGACACUGAGCACUUCAGUGUCAAGGCAGAGGAGCCUUCAACAUUGCAGCGGAAAGCGGGCAGAAAUGACGAGAAAAAACAUGAUGAAGAGCAGGACGGAUGGGACCCCCAACUAAGUAGUCGCAGGAACCCUUCUGUACAUGGGAAACAAGAUGUGACUUCACCGUCCUGCUCAAAAGUUGUUCUGUCACAAGAGCUAAGGCAACAGAAAGUAACCCAACCAUCAGCAGACACGACAUUCCACUUUCCAUCUGGAAAGACGAGUGAAGGUGUGUGCAUGGUGAAGCAAGAGGAUGGGGCGCAGCAGAUUUUGCAGAGGGAGUGGAGCUCAGAGCCAAGCAGUAAAAGGGCCACAUAUGAAGACGAUCAAGACGAAGAAAAUGUUAAUUCAACUCAUGAAGAGAUGAAGGAGAGACUUGCAGAUUUUGAUUUUCAGAAGUCAAAGGAAGAAGGAUGCAAGACUGACGAAACUACAAACAGGCAGUCUAACCUUUCUGUUUGCAGCAGUGAAGAAGAUGAGACAAUGAAGUGCUAUGGAGCCAUGAGCCCAACAUUUAAGAAACUCCUCGUUCAGUUUUACCCAGAUGAGUUGAAGAGCAGAGCACCGACCGAGGGCAAAUAUGUGAUCACAGAGCGAACUGAAUCGCUGAGAAAAAGCUCCAACAUCAAGAAGACAUUGCCCCAACCUCUAUGUGUUUCCAAGAUUGACAAGAAACUGCAGCAGUACACACAUGCUCUUGAGGUUUGCACCAAAGAUAGCAAACCAGCUAGUCCAGCCCUGGUGGAUGGGAUGAGUCCGAUCGCCCCCAAAAAGAAUCUGUUUGAGGCUGGAGCAGCGUCGAACCAAAACACUCUCACGAACACACAAUUGAAGGAAAUUAAACCUGGUGGUGUUUUAAACAAGAAAAAUGUAUGGGAGAAAUUCUGUGAUCUUGGUUCUUCUGUGAUGGAUAGCAAGGAAUGCUCAAAUGGUAAAAAGUAUAAAUUUGUUGUCAUGGCUCAUGGCAAGUAUGAGAAGGUUACUGAUGACGACGGCUGUAGGGAAGAUGCAAACUGGGCAGUCCCUAAAAAUACAGGCAAUGCUGUCACCUGA